AUGUCACAUCUUUUGCUCCUCGGCCGCAAGGACUUUCCCCUACUACACAACGACACGAUUUCUUUCGCUAUCUCCGCACAGUCCUUCCUUCUCGCACGAACACACGUUGCAAUGUUCCCUGCUACAUCUCCACUGCCUCGCAACUACUCGUUCACGGCGCAGGAAACAACUCAUUUGCGUAUGAAUGCCCGCGAAAACUCUCGACACACCACCGAACCAUCAUCCGCUGCUACUUCUACGACCUUCAUGGCCCGCCUACAUGACCUAUGGACGGGUCAUGCAUUGCCGCCUAUUGUUGAUGUUCUCGCGCAGGGCAAAGAGCGCAAUGUUGCAGCGGGUGCUCCUCCCAAAAAUAAAGACUGGAUACCUGAUGAAGACCAUGUUCCUUCACGUCCUGCUUCACCGAAUCCUAAUUCACAACAACCGCCUGCAGCGCAAAUCAACGCUGGAGAGCAUGGGAGCGACCGGUUAUGCGGCUGCUUCUAA